UUGUUUAGCAACAAAAAAGUUGAUUUUGAAAUCUACUAUUUGUGAUGUAAUAACUAUUAACGCAAUCCGCGCUAACUAUUGCUGGGGUGCAUCAAGUCGCAAAGAUGACUUCGUUAGAUUUGACCCUGUCGGAAUUUUCCUCUUUCUCUUUUUGCGCUGCGGCGUUGGGUUUUUGUGCCAUAUUUCUUUACAUAACGAGGAAUAUGUUGUAUGUCGGAGAUCAGAGGACAGAGUGGGCUUUUCCGACUUCUGUUCAACGUGGGUCUCCUAAAGUCCCGCAGAUGAACAUGGUUCGAAUCGAGAUUCCAUUCACGUUUAAAUUACUGAGAGCACAGAGUGCUUCCUAUGAAGAAUUACAAUUUUCCUUAUUGAGUGAAGUGCAUUAUGAAGUGCACUGUUUCUGGGGUGUAAGCGUUAAACAGUUUCACUUGUUUUUGUGUCGACCCUGGUAUGACAUUAGAGACGCAUUUGCUAGGGGUGACUUUUUGAAUGGAUAUUACGAACAAUCGGGCCUGCAAGCAGUGAAUGACGCGAACACGGAGGAAACAUACACCGUUAGCUUGAACAAAACAAGUUCUGACUUUUUAAAAUCAGGAACACUGCCUAGGAAUUACUAUCCUUUAGUUGUUAUUGUGAUUAGGAAUGUAAGGGAUCAAAAUGUUCUUUCAAAUGAAACGGUUGCACUAAUCAACAUAAUUCACAUAAAAGAUUCAAUAUGCACUUUACCUACCUGUAUUUUGGCCCAGUACCUAAAGCAGGCAAAUGGGCAAUUGUCUUCAUUAAAGCAACUUUAUUUGUCCACUGAGAGUUUAAACUAUGAAACGGCAAACCAGAAGGACAGAGAAGCAGAGCAGCAGUACUGUAUAGUGUGCCAGUAUUUUCCAUUAUCGAGGGCCAUUUUGCCAUGCAGGCAAACAUGUGUCUGUGCCAACUGUUUUUCCAGAUUAGAUCGGUGUCCAAUCUGUCGAGGCUCCAUAAAAAGCUACUUCUGCAUUAGAGAUGAGCAUUAUAUAACAGAUUGCUCAAGCUCGAAGCAGAUUCAAAGCCGUUGGUCACUUCUUGACUGGCUCCACACCUGGGAUGACCGCCUGACUGAUUUUCUUGGCUUUCAAAGAUAGAACUUGAAAUAGACCUUGUAUAAGAAAAUUUCUGUGAUGUGAAUGAUAGUAUUUGUUUUUUUUUUUUAAUAUAGUUUUCGAACAAAAACACUCCUUUACUUGUUCUAAAAGUGUACUACUGGAGUCAAUUUAUGGUAUUUUCAGGCAUUACUAAACAAUAUUCUGCUAAUUUUUUAAAAAUGUAUAAUAAAUCUUAUUAGACAAAGGCAAGUAUGUGGUAAUGAAGCAUUUAUACUCUAUAUUAACAAUAACUAUUAAGCAGCCAAAUAUAAUAUACAAAAGCAAGGCUUAUACAGCUGCAAAAAUCAAUAAACAAACAGUGGCAAUCUUAAACAUUGUGUUAACUUCAACAAUGCUUUUUCUGAUCCAAAGAACUGCAAGCUGUU